UUAAUGGAGAUUGAAACUCGAAAACAACACUUUCACAGGGAAAGAUCAUGUUUAAGGAGGUUUUUUACUGGCCUGUGUCUACUGGUUUUCAUGUGUUUUCUGGUCGUAUGGUCUUACAUGGGUAAUGGAAGGAAGAAGCACCCUCAACCAAACUUUUUGUCUCAGCACUUUGCAGGCCUCUCUAACUCUCCGAAAUCCACUUCUCCUUCAGCACUCAGUUCAGAUGAGUCAGGUCAGCUUUACUCUGAAUUUGGAAUCAGUUUAGAUGACUACUCCAGCUUACAGCAGACUGUUUACUGGGCAGAGCCUGACAGAUCAAUCACAAAUUUGUCAAUGAGUACUAGUCCAGCUCACACCACAUUCAUCAUAGAGAACCUGAAAGAGAGCUACCAAAUUGGUGAGGAGCUUUUUGCUGUGGUACAUGCAAAGGAUUUUGAUAAUAAAUCCAAACAUUACGGGGGCGACUUUUUCCAAGCCAAGCUGUUCUGGUCUAAAACUAAGGCCAGUGUGUUUGGAGAGGUAGAGGACCUGCUCAAUGGCUCCUACUCUGUGCGUUUCCUCCUGCCGUGGGUUGGUGAGGCCCAGGUGGCUGUGCGUCUAAUUCACUCCAGUGAAGCUGUGCAGGUCCUGAAGCAUCACAGAGAUACUGACUCUGACAGAGUGUACUUUAAUGGAUAUUAUGAGGGACCAGGACCAAAUAAGACCUGGUUGAGUGAAAUAGUGAAGUGUAAUGUGAAGUGGGACAAGAGUGGACUAGAGCGUAUGGGAACCAGAGACUGUUGCUGUGAAUACAACGAUCCCCGUACUAGAGAAACAUGGCGCUGCCAGAGACCCAAAUCACUGCCAUGCAGUGCCUUUGUGUACCACUCUAUGGGCGGUUAUAGAAACCGUCUGACUAAUAAAGAGAAGAUGUUAAUGACACAAACUAACAAAGGCAUCAAUGGAGAUAAGAGCAUCAUCAAAAUUGUUUAUUUCCAUGGAAAUAAAACUAUUGAUGUAACAGAGAAAUGUCGUCCGGGUUUACACACUCCAGUUCCAGCCGGUUUUUACCUGAAUGAUGUGUGGACGUCAUUUGUGUGUAGCACCCGUCAUUUUACAACCCAAAUGACAACAGAGUGCCUGAAAAACAAACACAUCUACAUGAUGGGAGACUCUACUAUGAGACAGUGGUUCGAGUUCUUUGUGAAAGCAAUACCAACCCUGAAGCAGAUGAACCUCCAUGUCCAAUAUCAGUCAGGGCCGCUCAUAGCAGUGGAUGUGAAGAACAACAUUGACUUACACUGGAGGGCUCACAACGUUCCUCUGCGCACUCGAAAAACAGCAGUUGCUAAUCUGCACUACAUCAGUAAUGAGAUCGAUGACCUGGCUGGAGGACCCCACACAGUCAUUAUAUUCAAUCUGGGGCCCCAUUUCACCACGUACCCUUUGGAUUUCUACACUCAUAGAGUUUUGAGGAUCCGCAAAGCUGUUUUAGCAUUGUUACAGCGGGCGCCUGACACUACCAUUAUAAUCAAGACUGUCAACACUGGCUAUAAGGACAUUUUCGGCAGUGACUGGUAUUCUCUACAGUUGGACAGAAUUCUGCGAUGGGUUUUUCAGGAUGUCGGUGUUUAUAUUCUGGAUGUGUGGCAAAUGACGGCCUGUCACUACAACAAAGAGAACAUCCAUCCAGCCUCAGUCAUCAUCAAAAAUGAGAUUGAUAUUUUACUCUCUUUUACUUGCCCUAAAUGAAUUUAAUUGAUCUUGACAAGUGAACAUUCAGGUUACUUUAAUUAUGGAAUUUUAAUAUUAUAAUUAUAAUGAUAAUAAAAUUCUAAUUAUGGUCAUAGUUGAUUUACCAAUUAAGCUUAUCAAAAACACAUGAAUAAUGUGGACCAUAAUUUUAUUAGCUUUCUCUAAAUAAGUAAGUGUUUAAAUUGAAUUAGCUCUAAAUUAAAUCACAUAAAACAAAAUAAAAGCAAUGCUAUGGCCAUCUAGAGGUGGUUUAUUCAGUCAAAAUCUGCUGAAUGCAGGUCAAAACUAUAGCAAUGGAUGACAAAAUAAUAUUAAUCUAAUACUGUAUGUUAAAAUAGAUCUGGGGAUUGAGUCUUGGAGUGUGAAUGCAAACUAAUAGACAUACCACUUUUUACAAGUAAUGUUCCUUUAUUUCUCAGUUUAACUCCAACUUUCACUUGAUCUUUUUAAAUAGUAUUUACUGUUUACUGUUUUUUUUUCACCAGUUUACAUCUGUCUGCUUGUCAUUUUAUGGUAUGUUAUAUAUGAAUCUGAUGUACAGUAUACGCUUAUUGUGUUCAUUCUACUGUGGUUAACAGAAUACACUUACACUUAUAAACGUUUUAUCUGUUAUCACAUUACAAAGGAAACAUACACCAUGAACAUACAUCAAUUAAUUUUUACAGAAUUAUAGGUAUUGGUAUAAUCUAUGAGAGUGUUUAAAUUUUUUUUUUUUUUUUUGAGUGUUCAAUUUUACAAAUUUUAGAACCUUUCAUAAUGGUUGUAACAUUCUUUAAAUUGCUCCUUAUUGUCCUGAUGUGUACGGCGCUGUGAAAAAAAAAACAUCUGCUCAAUGAAUAAGUGUAACUGACCAAAUGAAUAAUGUAGAUAUAAAUGUUCAGAUCACUAUACUGUA